AUGGAGGAAGACGCCAGCAUGCUCAAGGACAAGCGCCAGAGGAAGAAGCUCCAGAACAGGGUGGCGCAGCGGAGCUACCGCAACCGCAUCAAGCAGCGGGUGGAAGAUCUCGAGCGCGAGGUGCAGCAUUACCGAAGCCAGCGGGAGGGCGAGGGCGAGGGUGAGGGCGUUGGUCGGCCAGACAAGAACCCCUUUCAUGUUGGCAGCAGCAGCGUCGACGAUGGGCCUGGAGGCAUGGGGGGAGGAGGAGGGGGAGGAGGAGGAGGAGGAUCAGGAGGCGCAGGAGGACCAGCAGCAGCACCAUCAGCAAGCGGGCCCCCCGACCACGAGAUGGAUGCCACGACGGGCGCUCUAGGCCACGACAACGACGGCGACCUCGUGGACGAGAACGCCCUCUUUGACAUGCACCUCGCCACGCAGGGCAUGGAGCCACAGUUCCACAGCAAGGCGCCGCCGCCGCCCAACAUGGCGUUUCCCACAGCGACGGGUCUCCUCCCGUCCGGGUCCGGGCCCGUGUCCGUGUCCGGGUCCGGUGCCGGCUUCCGUCUGCCCAUGGACUAUCACUGGGGCCACGGCCCCCCCAUGAGCCGCUACAGCAACGAACCGCCACAAGGAAUCUACGUUCCCCAGCGCUCUCCACCACAGCCGAACGGCACUGGGUCGUCGAUCGAAUCGAUGAGCGAGCCGCCGGGUCCGGCAAACAAGACCAUGGGGCGAGGAGCGCCGCCGCCACCGCCAGGACAAGGGCCGCACGGACGGAUCGAGGACCGGAUCGAGCACGUGCGGCAGUGCGCGGUGGAGGCCGGGUUCGAGAGCCUGGACGAUGUGGCCGGGCAGUACUACACGGGGGACUUCAGCCACGACACGUCCAUCUCGCGACAGCAGCGCCAGAGCCGGCAAAAGGGCCUGCCACAGCUGCUGGCAACGCUGCGACGAGACGCGGAGACAUGGAGCCAGUGGGAGGCACACGGGUACCACAGAGAGACGAUCCAGUCAGCGGGCAGCAUCGCGCGCGAGGAGCUCGAGGACUGGGACCCGACGUCGUCCGAGGUCUACCUGGACGCGCUGCGGCGACUGGAGAAGGCGACGGUGGACGACAGCCCCGGGGCGGCGGACAAGAGUGGCCUGCACCGGGCGUUUGGGCAUCUGAUGCAGCUGCUCCAGGACGCGGCGCCGAGGAUGUGGGCGCUGACCGAGUCGCUCGUGGGGAGCGUGGAUGAGCUGACGCACACGCAGCGGAGCUACGCCUCGCUGUCCAUUAUGAUCAUUCUCUCGUCGUGCCGGCGGCGGGAUCACGUCAGCGAGGAGAUGAAGCUGGCGGCCGCCUGUCUCAGCAUUAUGGGGAGCGUGUGA